AUGUGGACUCUUCUAGGCUGCUGCCUCUUUGCAGUUCUCCUAGCUACAGGCACCUGUCUCAAGUGUGAGGUUUGCAAUAGCAUAGGAACCACUUGUAAAGGUCCCAUGAUGACUUGUGGAGCCGGUGAAGAUACUUGCAUGAUCCUGCGGACAGUGAUUGUACAACCUCCUGUGACUACGCAGACUGUCUCCAAAGACUGUGCUAAUUCCAGCGUCUGUAAUGUUAACAUUCCUGACCCUGAGAUAAAUAUGGGGAAAGGGAUGCGAAUGAGGGUGAGCAGGACUUGCUGCACUGGGGAUUCGUGUCAAACAGCCUCACCAUCAGAGCUGCCCCCCUCAGAUGACACCCCCAAUAAACUUCAUUGUCCUGGAUGUUUUGGAGUGUAUUCGUCUGAAUGCUAUGAACAACGAGUUGCCUGCACUGGAUCCCAGAACAAGUGCAUCGAAAUAGCUGGGAACACAACAAGCUAUCUAGUCAGCGUGGAUUUUACCUCAAAAGGCUGUGCUAACGAAGGUGUCUGUGACCAUUUAAAAACAGGCUUUUUGGUCUUUGGAGGAAUGCGUACUUGGGUGACUAAAGCGAACUGCACCGCAGCUUCAGCCACUGCAGCCCCAUAA